AUGGUAAAUAUUAAGACUACAGCCUCGAAAGGUCGAUUUAGGGUAAGGAGUAAGGAUCCCCAGCAGUUCCUCCGCGCGAACAGCAAGCGAACGCUGGCCAGCGCAAGUUGUGAUGCGGGGCGGCGCAGGAUGCUCGAUGUGCCCAGCAUCCGCUCAGCCUGGUCGCAUGCACUGCCUCCACAGGCAGCCUUCACAGCAGCCUGGCAUUUCCGCGGCAAAACAAUCCCGCCCUACGCUAUUCUGUCGCACAGAUGGAGCGACUCCGAGAUCCUUAUCGAAGACAUAUUGAACGGAACCUACAAGGAGAAGGAAGAAGGCUAUCGUAAGCUCGAGUUCUGUGCUAAUCAAGCAGCGCAGGACGAGCUGCAGUACUUCUGGAUCGACACUUGCUGCAUCGACAGAUGGGAUUUGCGCGAGCGCUCGAAAGCGAUUAACUCGAUGUUCCAGUGGUACAAGGAUGCGAUACGAUGCUACGUCUUCUUGUCAGACGUAUCAGUGUCGAUUAAGACAGAGCCGGUCCAACAGAGCGACUGGGAGGCAUCAUUCCGUGCGAGCGAUUGGUUCACUCGGGGGUGGACGCUCCAAGAGCUAAUUGUGCCAGUGUUAGUCGAUUUCUUCUCGUGUGAAAGACAUCACAUAGGCGACAGAGCAUCGCUUGAUCAGCUAAUACACAACAUCACCGGCAUUCCGCUCGCAGCACUACGCAACUCUCCUUUAAACGGGUUUCCUACAUCAGAACGGAAGCGAUGGGCCGAAAAUCGGAGAACAACGGAAGAGGAAGACAUAGUAUACUGCCUGCUUGGGAUUCUUGGUGUCUCUAUGCCCACCGCGUAUGGCGAAGGACAGGAGAGUGCACAACGCAGACUGCAGGCGGAAGUAGAGGCAGCUGGUGACGCACCAUCGAUUAUCCCGUUUUCACAAAACCCUCGCUUUGUCGGUCGAGAGUCACAGCUUGCCAAGCUAGAAGCGAAGCUCUUCAGCAACGAACAAACCACGACCACGAUAGCGAUCGUUGGACCUGGCGGAACAGGCAAGUCGCAGCUCGCGCUCGAGGCUGCACACAGAACAAGGCAUAACAACAAGAACUGUUCAGUCUUUUGGAUGGACGUAAGCGACAAAGACAGUCUCUACCAGUCGUAUGCAAGUGUAGCGCAGAAGCUUAGUAUCCUAGGGUCGGAUGAUGACCUGGCGGACAUGAAGCAGAUCAUAGAACGCUGUGUGGUAGAGAUUAGUACGCGACACUGCUUGCUCAUCUUCGACAACACUGAAGACACUACUCUACAAUCUAGUCGUUCGUUCACAACAGGAGCUACAGAUUUAGCUGACUGUCUGCCGCAGUCUAAGCUUUGUUCUGUCAUCUUUACUACAACAAACAGUAACACAGCUCAAGCGCUUGCUUCACAAAACGUCAUAGCGCUGCAAGAGCUAACACCAGACACUGCGCUAAAAAUGCUGCAAACCCGCUUAGCAAGGCCACUCGCGAACACUGAGCAGCAAGAAGCUAAGUACUUGCUAAGGAAGUUGCUGUAUCUGCCUCUUGCCAUCGCACAAGCAGCAGCGUGCAUGAAUACUAGCGGCAUGACAGUACAGAAGUACCGAACACAACUAGACGAGCACGAAGAACUAGCUCUCGAGUAUAGCGGUGACUCGUCUGAGGGUAUGCUAAGCGGCCCUGGCGUGGCAGAUCCCGCCGCUGCUACACUUUUCUUCUCCAUGAGCCACGUCCGCCAUGAUAAUGCACUCGCUGCAGAUUAUCUUUUUCUCGCUGCAUGCGUAGAUCGAAAAGAUAUUUCGCUCGAGCUUCUAGAAGCAGCCUCACCGCAAGCAAGAGAAGAUGCUAUCAAAGUACUUGACAAGUAUGCGCUCGUCACUAGGCGACCGGCUGAGUCUGCGCUCGAUCUUCAUCGACUGGUACACCAAGCCCUGCGCAAGUGGCUACAACUUCGGGGACAGCUUAGACAGUGGACUCAACACACUAUCACACAGCUGCUCCGGGUGUUCCCUGACAACGAACACAGUAACAGAAGCAAGUGGAGACGACUGCUUCCGCAUGCCCAGUAUGCUCUGUCGCACGUUCUAGCGGAUGAUGACGACGAACAGAGACUGGAUCUUGCGUGGAAAUGUGCAACGACUUUGUAUAGUGACGGACGAUACGAGGAAGCUAAGGAGCUGUUUGUGCAAGUGAUGGAGACUCGCAAAACGAAGCUAGGAGCGGACCACCCCGACACGCUGACUAGCAUGGCCAACCUAGCGUCGACAUACAGGAACCAAGGCCGAUGGAACGACGCUGAGAAGCUAGAGGUGCAAGUGAUGGAGACAAGCAAGACGAGGCUAGGAGCGGACCAUCCCGACACGCUGACUAGCAUGGCCAACCUAGCGUCGACAUACAGGAACCAAGGCCGAUGGAACGACGCUGAGAAGCUAGAGGUGCAAGUGAUGGAGACAAGCAAGACGAGGCUAGGAGCGGACCAUCCCGACACGCUGACUAGCAUGGCCAACCUAGCGUCGACAUACAGGAACCAAGGCCGAUGGGACGACGCUGAGAAGCUAGAGAUGCAAGUGAUGGAGACUCGCAAGACGAAGCUGGGAGCGGACCAUCCCGACACACUGUCCAGCAUGGCCAACCUUGCCUUCACGCUGCACUCACAAAAUCGUAGUAGGGAGGCUUUCGCAUUAAUGGAAAGAUGCUGUCAGCUACGCGAGCAGGUUCUUGGCGAGCAACAUCCUGAUACGCAGUCGUCUCUUAACACGCUGACUAACUGGCGAGCGGAGUAUGCGUUGUUCCAGCGGCGAGAGAGUAAUGUUACAAAUAACAUUGCCAGCGAGGCCUGCGUUGGAACAACCACUACGACUUCUACAAUUGUCCUGGUUGCAACGGAUGCGACAGGUUCGCAAUUCCAUCUAUUCCCCACCAGCCCAUCUCUCCGUUUGCCUUUAUCCUCAUGGGAUAACGGAACCAAUUCAACCCGAAAUUUCUCCGCGCCUACCGAACCUAGCGUUCCUUUCUCCGCGCCUACCAAGCCUAGCGUUCCUUUCUCCGCGCCUACCGAGCCUAGUGUUCCUUUCUCCGCCACGUCGAGUUUGAGAGAUAACAACCACGAGACACUAGUGUACAAAGUUCUGUUCAUGAUGACUGUUUCUAUACUCUCUAUGGCCCUGAUACUCUGA